AUGGUCCAGGUUGCCGUCGGGAGCUCACAGGGGUCGGUCACUCCGCGAACGCAGAGCCUGCAGAUUUCGCGCCACAUCCAAGUCAUCGCAAUAGUAAACAUUUUGGAGCAUAAUUCCCAGAUAUCGGAGGGUAAAUGGAACAUCAAAGAACUGGUGGCUGAGUUGUUUUCUGAAAUAUUUCAUAAAAGUGAAGGGAGCUGUGCCGCUUUAAUUUCUGACCGAGCUAAUCAAGACAUUUUCUCCAGUAAAAUUUUUGGCAACCUAAAAUUGUCUUACUUAAAGGUUCUUGUAGACGAGAAAGAAGAUUUGUUGAGUCCCAAUUAUAUUACACUGAGAGUAGUAGAAAAAAUUUAUUCAAGCAAUUGUAGUAUCUAUAUAAUCUUAUUGUCGAAUGGAAAUCAGAUGUCCCGGUUUUUAAAAUUCAGCGAAAGGUAUCGAAUGUUAAAUACAAGAGCAAAUUUCAUUUUGUUACAUGAUCAUCAACUAUUUGACUCAAAACUUCACCACAUCUGGAAGAAAAUUGUUAAUGUCAUAUUCGUUUCUUUCAAUGAGGAAAGUAAUCAGUAUGACAAUGGGAAAUACAAGUGGUACGAACUUACAAGUUUACCAUUUCCCUUUUCUAGUCGUCAAAGUCUUGUUCCUUUCCGAGUGAACACUUGGAGUCGUGGACUUUUCAGAUACGCAACACAACUCUUUCCAGAAAAAACUUCGAAUCUUCGUGGCCAAAAAUUACGAAUCGCAUUAUUUGAACACUUGCCAGGUUCCAUAAAGACAUCCCCAACUAAGUUUCAAAAUGUUGAAACUAUUGAAGGCAACAAUCUUAUCGGCUAUGAAGGAUUAGAAAUAGAGGUUCUGCAAACAAUAGCGAAAUCGAUGAACUUUGAGUUUGACAUUUACGAAACCGUCAAUGUGGUCAAUGACAACCUGCCAAAUGGCUCGUUAAGUAACGUUCUUGGAGCUCUGGCAAAUAAUGAUGCAGACAUAGUUUUAGGCAACUUGUACUACACUUCACACCACCUUGACUACUUGGAUCUCACAGUUCCGUAUGCGUCUCUCUGCUUGACCUUCAUUACGCCAGAAUCAACGACGGAUAACUCAUGGAAGACUCUCAUUCUUCCUUUCAAGUCAUAUAUGUGGAUUUGCACCUUUGUAACGCUCAUGCUUGCUGUUCUCGCAUUCUAUGCACUGGAAAUAAUCCAUAUGAAAAUCGCUUGUAAGAAGCAUCUCAAGUCAGAGUUGUUUUUCAACAGGAAAAUCGUCAUGAAUUAUGAGAACAUAAAAAAUCACCUGGUGGGUUUUCCUUCCAGGGAAAGGUUCUUGUUUGGGAAACUAGACAAGGCGUUACUGUACGCAUACAGCAUGCUGCUCUUAGUCUCACUACCGAGACUGCCUGAGGCUGGACCUUUGAGAAUGAUCACUGGCUGGUGGUACCUCUACUGCCUUCUUAUUGUUGUCGCUUACAGAGCUAGCAUGACCGCCAUCCUGACGAAACCUCCUCUCCGAAUAACGAUAGACACGCUAUAUCAGCUGGCAAGCAGUCCCGUGCAGUGUGGAGGAUGGGAUUUACAAAGCAAGUAUUUUUUUCUCAGAUCUCUUGAUAGAGCUGGUCAAGUAAUCGGAAGAAAAUUUGAAGUGAUAAAUGACGCAAACGAAGCAAUUGAAAGAACAUCAAGAGGCCAGUUUGCAUACUACGAUAAUGUAUAUUUCUUGACAGAAGCUAUUCGUAAAAAAAUGCAGUUACAUAACACACAAAACCAAGUCGAAGAAGACCAUCUAAACACCACCACUUAUGAAAAUAAUGAACUAAGAAGUGGUCGUACAAACUUACACAUUAUGCAACAGUGCGUUAUAAAUAUGCCAGUUGCUCUUGGGCUUCAAAAAAACUCUCCAUUGAAGUCAAAAAUUGAUGAUAUUUUAUUAAGCAUUGUUGAAGCAGGCCUUGUUAAGAAAUGGCUUCACGACGUGUUGAGGACUAACGAGCAACCAGAAGACAAUUUUCCUGCAAAGGCUUUUAUGGAUCUCCCGAAAAUACAUGGCAUUUUGAUAGCUAUUACAGUGGGUUAUGCAAUAGGUAUCGGCACUUUGAUUGCGGAGAAAAUACACUGGAUGUACUUCGUAAUAAAUAAUCCACUGUUUGAUAUUUACAAGAAAAAUGAAUUUUAAUUAUUAGUGCUAAAUUAAAGAUAUGAAUGC